CCCUGUAUUUCGUUUAAUAAAGAGUGGGGCACGGCUGAGCCCAGAACACUAGUGCUCUCCGUGGAUGGGACCAGAGGAGUUGAAAGUUAUAUCCUGAUUGCCAGGGCAAUUCAACAUGGAAUGUCUCUACUGUGUCCUAGGAUUUCUGUUUCUGGCUUCUAGACUGCCACUUGAUGCAGCCAAACGAUUUCAUGAUGUGCUGGGCAAUGAAAGGUAUCCUGGUUAUAUGAGGAAACACAACCAAUUAAAUGGCUGGUCUUCCGAUGAAAAUGACUGGAACGAAAAGCUGUAUCCCGUGUGGAAGAGGGGAGAUGCAAGGUGGAAAAAUUCCUGGAAAGGAGGCCGUGUGCAGGCAGUCCUGACCAGUGACUCACCGGCACUGGUGGGCUCAAACAUAACCUUUGCAGUGAACCUGGUAUUCCCCAGAUGCCAAAAGGAAGAUGCCAACGGCAACAUAGUCUACGAGAAGAACUGCAGAAAUGAUUCUGGCUUGUCUCUUGACCCGUAUGUUUACAACUGGACGUCCUGGUCAGAGGACAGUGACUGGGGGAAUGGCCCUGGCCAAAGCCAGCACAAUGUGUUCCCUGACGGGAAGCCUUUCCCUCACCACCAUGGAUGGAAGAAAUGGAAUUUUGUCUACAUCUUUCACACACAGGGUCAGUAUUUCCAAAAGUUGGGACGAUGCUCCGUGAGAGUUUCUAUAAACACAACCAACAUGACGCUUGGCACCCAUGUCAUGGAAGUGACUGUCUAUAGAAGACACGGCCGGGCGUACAUGCCCAUUGCACAGGUUAAAGAUGUGUACGUGGUAACAGAUGAGAUUCCUGUAUUUGUGACCAUGUCCCAGAAGAAUGAUCGAAAUUCAUCUGAUGAAACCUUCCUCAGAGACCUCCCCAUCAAGUUUGAUGUCUUGAUUCACGAUCCCAGCCACUUCCUCAAUGAAUCUGCCAUUGACUACAAGUGGAACUUUGGGGAUAACACUGGCUUGUUUGUUUCCAACAAUCACACUUUGAAUCACACGUAUGUGCUCAAUGGAACCUUCAACCUGAACCUCACAGUGCACGCGGCGGUGCCCGGACCUUGCCCUCCACCUUCACCCAGACCUCCAAAACCAACCUCCUUAUUAGUGCCUGCUGGUGACAACUCCCUGGAGAUGAGCGAGACUCCCAAUGGAAACUGCCAGAUUAACAGAUACGGCCACUUUAGAGCCACCCUCACCAUUGUAGAGGGAAUCCUAGAGGUUAACAUCAUCCAAAUAGCAGAUGCCCCGAUGCCCAGACCAAAACCUGACAACUCCCUGAUGGACUUUGUUGUGACCUGCAAAGGGACCAUCCCUACCGAGGUCUGUACUGUCAUUUCUGACCCCACCUGCCAAAUUGCCCAGAACAUAAUCUGUAGCCCCGUGGAUGCGGAGGAAACCUGCCUGUUGACUGUGAGAAGAGCCUUCAGUGGGUCCGGGACAUACUGUGUAAACUUCACUCUGGGUGAUGACACAAGUCUGGCCCUCACAAGCACCUUAAUCUCCAUCCCUGGCAAAGACCCAGCCUCCCCUUUAGGAACAGCGAGUGGUGUCCUGAUCUCUGUUGGCUGCCUGACCCUAUUUGUUACUGUGGUCGCCAUCUUGGUGUACAAAAAACAUAAGGAAUACAAGCCAAUAGAAAAUCGUCCUCGGAACGUGGUCAAAGGCAGAGGCCUGCAUGGUUUCCUCCACCACACAAAGGCGGGCUUUUUCCGGGGAAACCAGGAGAAGGAUCCACUUCUCAAGAACCAACCAGGAACCCUUUAGAUCUUCAGCCUAAUUUCUGACUGAGAGCCCACCUCAGUGCCAUCUAUGUGACACUGAAGAUCAGUAAGGAAAGGAGGAAUCAUUCAAGAAAUGCUGCUGAGAUAAUUGAAUACAUAUGUUGGAGAAGAAAGAAUUCUUACCACACGCCACACACAAAAAUCAUUUCCAAUUGAACCAAGGACUUAAAUGUAACAGGUAAAACUUUUAAAAUUUUAGAAGAAUAUAAUGUCUUUAUGAUUUUAGAAAGAUAGGAUUGCCUAAAUAUGACAAAAUAUCUCAAGCCAAAGCCAAACCAUUUGACUUCACUGAAACGUUAAAAGACAGAACAAGAAAUGUGAAACUUCAUGCCAUCAACUGGGAGAAGAUGAAAGCAUAUAUUUAAUAUGUAUAACUGAUGAAGAAUUACCAUAAAGAAUAUGUAAAGAACUAUUCAAAUCAACAAGAAAAAGACAAAGGAGCAAAGACACCACUAGGCAUUUCAAAGAAUUAGUAUAAAAAUGGUUCUCAAUUUAAUAAUGGUUCCACUUCUGAACAACUUUCCAGUGGUUCAAAAAUGAUACAUUAAGUAGAAACCAUAUGUCAAAUUUUGAUCUUUUCCCGGGGUUAGCAGUAUGUGGCACAAUGCUGUCUCUGAUGCUGGGCAAUGGCAGUGAGCCCCAGCUGCCAGUUAGCCACUUGAUCAUGAGAGGAAACAACCAAUACUCUGCAAUACAGUGUUGCUAAGCUAGGAUGUUCAGUAUUCACUAGGUUAGAUGUACUGAAGGCAUUUCCUUCCUUCCUUCCUUCCUUCCUUCCUUCCUUCCUUCCUUCCACCCAGGGGCACUUCACCACCAAAGAACUUUCCCAAACCCUUUUUAUUUCUUAUUUUGAGUCAGAGUCUCUCUAAAUUGCAAAGGCUGAUCUUGAAUUUGCAUUCCUCCUGCCUCAGCCUCCUGAAUUGCUGGAAUUACAGGCAUAUGCCACUGUGCCUGACCUGAAUGCAUUUUCAAUUUACCAUAUUUUCAAUUUAUAGUGGGUUUACAAGCAUGUAUCCCCAUCAUAAAUGUAGGAGCAUCAGACAGAGACAAUUGUCAUAAACCUAAUCAUCACAGUUUGGGGAUGUAGCUCAGUGAUAAGAGCACUUGCCUAGCAUGUACAAGCCCCUGAAUUCAAUCUUCAGCACUGCAAAAAUUUUAAAAAUUUAGAAAUCAUAUGAACUGGGGGCUGGGGGUAUAAUUCCAUGGUAGAGUGCCUGCUGAGUCUGCGUGAAACCCAGAGUUCAAUCCCCCAAUACUGCCCCCCAGUUGUCCCCUCCCCCAAUUUACAUGUUGAAGUUUUAUUCUCUAAUGUGACUGAAUUUGUAGGUAGAGCCGAUAAAGAGGAAAUUAAAGUUAAAUGAGGUCAUAAGGGUAAAGCUAUGCAUCCAAUACAGGAGGGGAGGGGGAUUUUCCCAGGCUGGUCUCUAACUCAUAGGCUCAAGUGAUCUUCCUGCCUCAGUCUCCCAAGGUCUUAUCUCAUGUGGUGAUGCGACAGGGACACUGAUUGGGUUUUUGAGUCAGGAGGCAACAAUGUUUCUGAAUCGUUAUUUAAUACCACAAUUCACGAUUUAAUACCAGGGACAAAACAUUCCACAGGCCACAUAGAUAAAGAUGUAAAAUCCCAGAGGAUUCUCUGAGUUGACAUCCAUGGUAUUCUGCUGACCUGGAACAUCACUCCACAACCUUCCAAUCACAUUCCCUUAGAGAUUGUCAUCCUCUGGAGUUCAAUGUGAGUGGACCCCUGAAGUCAAAUGAAGUGGGGCCCAGCAGAAGCCCUCUCCUUUUCUCUGCUUGAGGCCCCACACCUGUUCAAAUAUUGCCUCCUGGUGGAGGCUACCCCAGCUCUGGCAGAACUGCUGCUGUGCCCUGCAACAUUUUGUAUCUCCUCUUCAAAUACAAGUAUUGAUGACAUGUACUCUAAUCUUUUUUUAUUAUUUUUAGUUGUAGAUGGACACUAUACCUUUAUUUAAUUUAUUUAUUUAUUGUGGUGCUAUUUUUAUGUGGUGCUGAGGAUUGAACCCAGUGCCUCACACGUGCUAGGCAAGCACUCUACCGCUAAACCACAACCCCAGCUCUAAUCUAGACCUCUCCUACAGUCUGGAAGCUCCUAGGAGGCAAAACCUGUAUUUCAUUCUCUUUCCCCUCUCUGUCCUAGCCCAGUGCCUGGUUCAGGAAUGUUUGUUGGCUCCAGCCUUGGGGACGGUUUGUAAGGAGGGGUGAAUUACAGGUCUACUCAGAGUGACCCACUCUCUGCAAACUAUAUACAAACUGCUCUUACAAAAAACUGUUCCUCAGUGGGAGGAGAAAAUGCAGUUUCAUUGCAAGGAUGAGGUACAAGUCGGCCUGGUAGGUCUGCAGCUUUCUAGCCAUUCCUGUAGACUAUGAGAGAAGCAAUCUCCUGGCUGCAGACAGAGAUCAAUAAUCCAAGGGGACAGGUGAGUGUUCAGAGGCCCAACUUCCGAGCAAACAGUGACUUUGAAAGAUGAGAAAACAGUGCCGACCAACACAACUGAGAGAGGUCAGAGGCAGCACUUUGUGCCAACAAAUAAGAAUGUGGAGAAAUGGUAGAAGAGGUGCCUCCUCUGGUAGGAAUCUUCUGUGUGAGGUUUCGAGAUGCCCUUGUUGUCAUGAGGGAAUCCAAGGAGGUCUGGAAGCUGCCUCGACUCAGUCCUUCUAGGUUCUUGACUGUGUGACAGAACAGAUUUUAAGGAUGGGUCAGGUUUCAACAGAGAGGAAGAGCUUUCUUAGAAAGUGAAAGGCAAGCCCCUCUGGUGAUGCAUAUCUGUUAUCCCAGCUACUCAGAAGACUGAGGCAGGAGGCCAGCGUGGACAACUUAGCAAGACCUUGUCUCAAAUAAAAAAUAAAUAAAAAGGGCUGGACAUGUAGCUCAGUGAUAGAGUACCCUGGGGUUCAAUCCCCAGUAACUCACUCCCUCAAAUUGAGAUGCACCCCCAUGGUUUAAUGUUGAGUUUUUAUUAGGGCAUACAAUGAAGUGGAAUAUGUAUGAUCCAAAAGGGCUGGACUUUUCUCAUGGCUGGGAAAUAUUGAGCAAGGUCGUGUAUCCCCAUUAGGAGGUCUGGUCUGGUAUGUAGGUUUCAGCUUACGUUAAGAUCUCUGGUGGUUGGUGGAGGUGAUUUGUGUGAUCGGACAAGAUCACACAAAUGGUUUGACCAGAUGUUAGCUCUCGUCUCCUGAGGUUACCUGUCUCUUUCUAUUGAGGUCUUGUUCCUGUUUUGCAACAUUCCAGAAAACUUAUAGGGAACUAGAAAGUGACAGAGAGUCAUUUUACGAACUGUGUAAUAUGUCCUUACAUUUUGGCCCUUUUCUGUCCUUUGAGAUUCUUUGUACAGUUCACAAGUUGUUCCAAGUUGUUUAUUCUAUAUUUUAACAGGAAUAUUUUUCCUAAAGAGACUUUCCUAAAGAGUUCUUUGCAUAUAUCUACAUUUGUAUCUCACCCUCAAGUAACAGGCAUGGUACUUCCUGAGAAGCCGACAUUCAUCUUAAUGCAGGACUCAGUGUCCACCUGGGCCAGACUCCCUGUCCUUGCAGCACACAGGACAAGGCUGGCAAACCAGCACAAAAUAUCCGAGCAGACACCUCAGAUCUCCUACCCUGGGAGCCUGGAGUGCAGACAGACAGUGUGGUACCCAAUCUCUUUAAAAGGAUUUUAUAAAAUCUCUUUAAAAGGAUUUUAUACCAUUUCCAUUUAGAUUUACAAAGUGGGUGACAAAAUAAUUUUUAAAUAGAAAUAUAAAAUGUGAAUUCACAGUAUUUACAAUGUAUGUAAUUUAUAAGAGAGGUCAUUUUAAUCCUAGCCCUUCAAAGCCUCAGCCAUUCUCUGAAGAGAAGAAAUGGUACACAGAGAGGGGAAAUCCAGGAGAAAUGAUUCAAUUUAAAUGACAGGAAUAUUCACCAACUGCCUAGUGGUGUCAUGGGCUGCCCUGUGAGGUUGGAAAAGGUUGCCCAGACCGUGGAGUAGCAGUCCCAACCUUUUUCAUUAUAAUGACUUUUUGUUCAAAAAAUUGUGGCUCUUUACAUAUUAAUCAUUGAAUAGACACAUGACAAAAAGCUGAUUUGAACUAAGCAAUACUUUUAAAUAACCUUUCAUUGAAUUCCAAUAGUAUCUACUAUUGAGAGCCAUAGCCGAAGGGGCCCCAGCAAACUUCCAGCUGCCAGCUGAUUGGCUCCUCUGUAGUGAUGCCCAUUGGGCUGUUUCCCCGCCCUUUCAGACCACGGAGCUGCUCAUUGGGGGAAUCUUUUGGCUCUGCCCACAUGACCCAGCCAAUCAGCCUCAAGAGCAGGAGGAGUGGGGGUUGAGAGGCUUCCCUGAAGCUGGUGGUGGCAGUUGGGCUCUGAGGGAAUUCCUGAAGAGCUUGUGUGGUGGGUGUGUGUUCUAAAAAUAAAGUUCGUUUCUGUUUGACAAGUGGCUCCUGAAUUGUUCCCAGCCAGACUGCGGCAUUCUACCUCCAUUUGCUUAGGAAACAUGUUUACUCCCUCCAAAGACAAUAUUUGAUGCAUCUGUGGGUUUGAGGAUCCUUUGUCGUCAAAAGGAGGUUCAUGGUCCACAGAUUAGGAAAUACAGGUGCAUAAUAAAUGCAUGUGGGGAGUAAGCAAAGGUUAGACUUGACAAACUUUCCAGUCCCAAAACUACAUGAAUUCAGUCAUUCACCUAUAACACAAUGAUGUGCCGGACAUUGUGUUAUUGGGCCUUGUGGUCCAGAUGAGGGUAAAUUCAAGAAAAUUGCUCAGUUUUUCUCUACUUCAGCCCCUGUGUCUUUUUUUCUGGACCAGUUUGCUUCCUGCUUGUCUAUUUUAUUUUUUUAUUUUUUUUAUUUUUUUGAAGCAGGGCUCUGUGAGAAAAAGUCUCUGUGACUGCAACUUCCUACAAAGCCCAGGAAACAAAUUUGGGAGCCUUUUGGUCUCACUGCCAACAGAACACAUAGGAGGCUCCUGGCAUCAGGAAUGUAAUUAGUGUUUAUAAUAAGGAAGCCCGUGGAGUCACGAACCUGGUUAAUUUAUAAUUCCUGACUCCUUCAGAAAGCUGAUGUGGGCCUCAAUCCUUCCUGAGUCUUAGUCCUCCAAAGGUAAAGAUCAUUAAACUACCACCCCCUUCUAUUCUAACUUUAAAAAGUUACAAGAUCUGAAAACAAAGUCCAACAAUAGAUGGUCCAAUUUUCAAGGAGUUAGGUAUUUGCAUUUCUGAGGACAUCUCUUACAGAUAAUAGCUAUUUCUGAGUCUUUACCUCAGGUAAGAAGUAUGACUUGCAAAAACAAGCUUUUGGUAAUUGACAUUAAGGAUACAGUGCUGGCACCAUAGUCUCUGAAAUUAUAGAUGAUAAAACACUGCUGUCUGGAAUGGCAUCCCUGAAUAUCACAGUCUCACCUGCAGAUUAUUAGGCACGGGUGUCACUUUGCAUAUAGACACAGCUUCGCCAUGUCAGUCAAAUGAAACUAAGAAACUAUGGAUGUAAAAGAAUGUUACUUGUGGUUUUAGAAAUUGCAGUUCAGGAGACAUAGGUCCAUAGAGUUCUGAAUCAUUUUUCCAAAGAAGUCAGGUGUAAGGAACAUCUGCCAUAGACAUGCUGGGACAUGCUGGGACUCACUAACUUGCUGGACAUAGGAACAGCAGCCAUUGAACUGCUUAGUCAUGUCUGCUUGCAAUUGAUAAAGAACUGUAAGGGAGCACUAGCCAUAGGAAUGCUAAGCAAUGACUGGUUACAAUUGAUAGGGAGCACAGCUCCAUGGACGUGCACAAAGAACAUGCUCAGCUGCAAUUACAUCACCUCACUGGACACCUCAAUGGACAUUGACUUUCACUGGGUGUAACCAAUCACCCACAUACACCACCAACUUGGAACUGUAUUUAAAUUACUGGUCCUGCCACAUUGAAGAGUUUUGUUCCAAGGACAUCAGUGACACUAGCCUCCUUGCUGACCAUCCCUGGACUGACUCCACCAUUCCCUGAGGUCCAGCCGUCAACUGGAGAGAACCACAAGACAAGGACAAUGUCUGCUCUUUGGCUAAGAGAAAUCUCAUGGUGUUGGAGGUAUUUGGGGGCUUGUGGUUGCCCUAGGUUGCAUUAAUUGUUUAUAUUUAAUAAUUGGUGUUAUGGAAUAUGCAUGUGCAUUUAAAGACAAUUCACCUCUGAGUAAUUAUUAAUAGUGCCGCUUGUGACAGCAGGGAAGAUGGAAACUUAUACAAGCAAACUGUUAUUACAAGGCAAUAAAAAUUCUUUUUUAGGAAGAAUUCUGUUAGAGUUGAGAACAUGGGCUGUGUGACUGAUAGAAGAUAAGAAAAAGAAUGCAUGUGCUUCAUAAAAUGUCCAUAAAACAAAAAUCUAAUAGUCUCUUGAAAUACAUGUAUAGUCUUGGGGCACAAUGAAAUUAUCUAUUCCAGAUGUCUACACUCAAAGGGUGGAGGUGACCAAAGUUCAUGUUUCUAGGCGGCAGCUUGAAUCAUGCAUCAUAAGUCCUGCCUCCCUAAAAGCCUCCUGAUUCCAUUCAGAAAAAGCUCUUUUAAUGUCGCUUUUGUUUUAACUUUCCUUUUACUUUCACAGGUAUCCCUCCUCUCCCAGGUAUAAAAGUCCACGUUUAUCUUAACAUGUAGAUUUCUAAGGGCCCUGAGACUGCUUCUCAGCCUUGAUAGUAACCAGAAUGUGAUAUUCCUAGUGAAGCCUAGAAGAAUGUUUCUAACAGGACCUGAUUUUUUCCAGACUACACAACCCUUGUAAGUGAUUAACCAUGACAUCCUCAGUUCCAGGAACAUUCUCCUGUCUCUUGAACAAGAUCAUUGAGAUAUGCAAUUGCUAAACUAUCUAUUUCUAGAUAGCACUGACCCUAUUUCUCCUGGUCUCUUCUUUGGUCUCUUAGACUCAUGGGACACAAGCACAAGCCUUAAGCCAAGACCUUUCUCUUCCCUCUACUGAAAUGCAACCCACCUUUUUUUUUCAAUUAAAAAAUUAACUUUUAUUUGUUCUUUUUAGUUAUACAUGACAGUAGAAUGCAUUUUGACUUAUCAUACAUACAUAUAACUUCCCAUGCAACCCACCCUCUCUUAGGUGCAGCCUCCUUGGCUAAUUUCAACCACAUGUGUGUGCCUGAUGGUAUUUUUCAAAUGGGUUUUAUCAGAAUGAGUACAAGGUGUUUCCUUCCCAUGAGGCCAAUUUGUAGACAUAAUAUAUAGUCAUGCAUCUUAUAACAAUACUUCAGUGAAUGACUGACUGCAUAUACAAUAGUGGUCUCAUAAGAUUAUAUUUCUUCAUGCCUUAGCCAUCUUAAUUUGUGCAAGUAUGACAUUUGCAUAGUGAAAUUGUCUGAUGAUGCAUUUUCCAGAACAUAUCCCCAUCAUUAAGUCAUGCAUGACUAUUCUAAUUUCCUCAUGCAAGUACUAUGGUAUAUACAAUAAUCUUUGAUGGCAAAUACAGGUGGUGAAGCAGGUUUGGGAUGAUCAGAAACAAGGGUGAGAUCAUGGAACAGAGGGCAAAAAACUGGGAGAAACAUCAGAUUCAUGCCUGUGGGAAAUGGAAUUGAAGACAGUGGGACUGAGAGGGAGUUAUGUCUCCUCUGGGAGGACAGAGGAGACAUAACUUUAUUUGUAAUACUUUUUCUUACUUUCAAAAAUAACUUCAAGUGAUUGAAAAUAUUUGAGUUGGCCACACAGGUGCUUAUAUUAGUUCCUGUAUUUUAUGAAUAUUUCUAUUGAAUUAGUGUUUGGAGUUUUUUUUAAAGAAAUUCAAUAAUGUAUUGGACAUUUUUGGAAUACCUACAAUGUGCUUGGCAGAGUUUGAAACAGACUGAAUUUGUGCCCCAUCCCUAUUUGAAAUUGGGAAUGGCUUCCUCAUGCUGAGUGGAGAGGGGCGGGAGAGGGGGCUGCCCCGACCCUGACAAGCACCAAAGAAGAUGGGAACCUGUGUCCACUUAGUCCUAACAUGGGCUAAAUAAAUCUGCAUUGCACAUUUUC